CUCUUCAUUUUUUUGGGGUUUUUUUUUUUUUUUUUUUUGGUUGGUUGGCUGAAGGAGUUUUUCUCUGUUAUCGCGACCACACCCAACAGCUCAAAAAUCUUUAACAAUUAUUCUUAUGUAACCCCACUCCCCAAAUAAAACGAAAAAAAAAUAAAUAAAUAACCAUCGAGAAAAAGGUGACAACGUAACAAAAUUGAACCAGCGGGCAACUAACGAAGGUAAAACCACUAGAGAGAGAGAGAGAGAGAGAGAUGAGGUGCCCGUACUGCUCGGCCGGGCAAGGGCGGUGCGCCACCACGAGCGGCGGGAGGUCCAUAACGGAGUGCGAUUCGUGUGGGCGCGUAGUGGAAGAGCGACAGUCCCAACCUCACCACCUGUUCCAUCUACGCGCCCAAGACAACCCUCUCUGCCUCGUCACCUCCGACCUCCCAACCCUCCACCAACACUACCAGACCCAUGACGAUGACGACGAAGACCCCUUCGAGCCCACCGGCUUCAUCACUGCCUUCUCCACCUGGUCCCUCGAGCCCAGCCCACUUUUUCUCCGCUCCUGCCUUUCCUUCUCCGGCCACCUCGCCGAGCUUGAGCGCACCCUUGAAUCGUCCUCCUCUUCUUCUUCUUCAUCAUCGACUUCAUCAUCGUCGACGGUUGUGGUUGAUAAUCUGAGGGCGUACAUGCAAAUCAUCGAUGUGGCCUCGAUUCUUGGCUUGGACUACGACAUCUCAGACCACGCGUUUCAGCUAUUUAGGGAUUGUUGCUCCGCUACUUGCUUGAGGAAUCGUAGUGUUGAAGCCCUUGCCACUGCUGCUCUUGUCCAGGCCAUUAGAGAGGCUCAAGAACCCAGAACCCUCCAAGAAAUUUCAAUCGCAGCCAAUGUUCCACAGAAGGAAAUCGGAAAAUACAUCAAAAUACUAGGAGAAGCUCUACAGCUUAGUCAGCCCAUUAACAGCAACUCCAUAUCAGUCCAUAUGCCUAGGUUUUGCACUCUCCUUCAGCUCAAUAAAUCUGCUCAGGAACUGGCAACUCAUAUUGGUGAGGUUGUCAUCAACAAAUGUUUCUGCACUCGACGCAAUCCCAUUAGCAUCUCUGCAGCUGCUAUAUAUUUGGCCUGCCAACUGGAAGACAAACGCAAAACACAGGCAGAAAUUUGUAAGGUGACUGGUCUUACUGAAGUCACUCUCCGGAAAGUGUACAAGGAGCUUUUAGAGAAUUGGGACGAUUUGCUACCAUCUAAUUAUACUCCAGCUGUUCCUCCUGAAAGGGCAUUUCCAACUACUGUAAUUGCUUCGGGCCGCACUUCAGCGACCAAAGCUGAUUUAGCUGAAGCCACUGCUUCUUUAGACAGAGAGAAGCAACCUGAAGCUAAACCUAAUAACAAACCAAAUGAAGUCACAGAUAUGAUCCAUCAGGCAAGAGUCAAAGAGGAUGUUGAAAGUAAAGGAAAUGCCCGAGGGGCACAUAACCCUUUAUUGAACCGGUCUACAAUUAUCUGGCAAACCCAGCAUCCGUUUGGGACUUCUGGUUUGCGGACAGUGGGUGAUAAGUCUCAGAAUAUUGUCCAAGGAAUGGAAAUUGAUGAGGCACAGUCAAACCAUCAACAGUUAGAGCAGAAGAUAGAAAAGGAGACAAAGGACAUCACAAACUCGCCAAAGCAAACUCAAUUGUCAAGUCCUCUGGCUUCAAGUUCAAGUUUAGCUACCAGGCAGUUUCGGCCCCCAUCUCCAUUGGGUCCUUCUCCAAGUGUUCAGUUUCUGCAACCACCUAAGCUAGCACCAGGUUAUACCGAGCUUAAAGGCUCUGGAGGUCAAAAUGGAAAUAAAAAUGCCAAACACUUUGGGGACAUCUAGUCCAGAACUCCAUAUUAGCAGGGCCUGCUCUACUUUAUCUGCUUUAUUUGUGGCUUAGGCGAGAAAGUAAAAAAUGAGGCAUUUUCAAUUGUAUAGUAUUAUUAUGUCAAUGAUAUUUAAUUAGUUAAUUUAUGUUAACAAUUUAUUUUAAUUAAAUUUAUUUCCUUUGCUCUGGA